AUGUUCAAUACAGCAGGGAUAGGGAAAUCUAUUGCCAGCACUGUGAAGAAGGCAGCUUUAUCCUCUGUUGCUGACACGAUUGAUUUACUUCAUUCGUUAUACACAGUGAUCCUUCUCACUACAUUUGCUGUUGUUGCCGGAUCUGGUCAACUUUUUGGGAAGCCAUUACAGUGCUUAAUAGCUGCUCACAUCGACAAAGUGCGUGGGUGGUCUGCCUAUAUUCUUGGUUACUGUUAUGUUGUUGGAACAACUAAGCAAGAAUCUAUUGAUAGUAUUCCAACCGAGGAGGAUCGGCUAAAAUAUUACCAAUGGCUUCCUUUGUUUUUCUGUUUCCAAAUUUUCUGUUUCCGUUUUCUACAUCUCUUUUGGUUGUGGUUACAAUCACUGUUAUAUAUUGACGUUAAAACUGUUUUAAAAGAAUCCAAUUCACUUACCAAAGUUUUUGAUCCAAAGUUACGAAAAGAGAAGGCGCAGCAAAUAGCUGAAUAUAUAUGGGGUUACUUCUAUUUUAGAACGUUGGAAGCGAAAGGGUGGCAGAGAAUUUUCAUCCAUCCAGCUGUGUUCACAUGGUUUUACUUCAUCAUAAAGAUAUGCAACCUGGUUCAUGUGCUCAUCCAACUAGUUUCCAUUACAAAGUUUCUCGGAUUCAAUGACGGAUGGGUUCUUAAAAUAUUCGCCGCGUUUCUCGCUUCGGAAAGUUCAAAUCACACCUAUUUCCCCCAAACUGUGUAUUGUACUUACAAAAUCACGACCUCGAACGACAUUGUAAAUGGGCAAACCUAUACAUCUCAAUGUUUCCUCACAAUAAACGAGUAUAACGAGAAAAUACUAAUUAUACUUUGGGUCUGGUUCAUAAUAGUGUCUUCCCUCUCAUUACUGAAUUUGCUCUAUUUUUUACGUUUUUUCACAGGACAAAUGUUUACCACAUACGUUCAGGAGUUGAGUGAUCAUGAUUCCGAACUUUGUAAAGCAUCACAACAGUUCUUCUCUACGUUAAUGGGUUCCGAUGGUUUACUUAUCCUGCAUUUGAUAUCUUCCCGAUCUGGUUCCAUGACUUCUUCUUUAAUCCUUAAAGAGAUUUGGAACAAGUAUGCGAGAUCAACGAAGGACAGAAUCCCAGAGUAUGCUUUGAUUUAG